CUCUCGUUUCUGAUUCUGACAUGCAGUUGCCUCUGAUAACUCAUCUAUUAAUAGCGAUAAACAGAAGUACCGAUUCCAUGAAAUGGAGGCGAUCAAAGAUGAUCUGUGCACGUUCGAAUGGGCCAGCGACGCCCAUUUAUCAGAGAUCGUGGCGUUUCUACACGAAAAUUUCGACAAGGAGGAGACUAUGUUAAAGAGUCUGAGAGACAACAACGCACUGACUCCUGAGCAAGAGGAAUCGAUGAGGAUUGAUCAUGAAAGAUUGAUACGAGCAAUUUUCGCUUUCUCACCUUGCGUUAUAGCCAUUGAAAAAUCAUCGAACAAGAUCAUCGGCGUAAAUCUUAUGAUAGUUAGCAAGAAUCCAAAAUUUCAUGGCGAUGCCGACGGUGUUUCAGCGGCGUUUACUAAUAAUCCUCCCACGAAUGAAUUGAUGAAGCGAUAUUUCGAUUACCUGUCGGAGAUCAGCGAAAGAGUCGAUCUCUAUCGAAAGUUUCCGGAGUCGAGAGCGGCCGUUGAAUUUUACGCGGUUGCCGUGGACAAAGGCUACCGCGGAAUGGGGCUCGCUACCAAACUGAUGGACGCCGGAAUUUCCUUCGCGAAAACUGUCCAAGAUGCUGGAUUCAUAUUCGGAGUUUACACGUCUCUGUACUCGAAACGUGCAGCAGCCAAACUCGGUUUGAAAACAAUCAUGGACGUCGAUCUUUUGAAUUACAGGGAUGACGAGGGAUCUCCUAUUUUUCAGGACACCCCGCCGCAUAAUAUCGUGUCCGUCAUGGCUUUGUCAAUCAAUUAAAACGUUCAUAAUAAAUAUAUGAUGAAACA